AUGUCCAACACAGCUAAGGGUUGUUUGUUGUCUAUCAAAAAUGCCAAGUUCAAACCAAACUCAUUGAAAAAUGCAUCUUUUAUCUUUGCAAACCCCAUCAAAGAUAUUCAUGUAACAUGGGGUGCAGGUGAGAGCACAGGUAAAACUAGUGCUAGUACAUGGGCCGUUACCGGGCCCUCCAAGUCAACUAUGUUGAAGAUUAUAGCUGGAGAGUUUAUAUCAUUUCCACCACUUUCGAGAAAAUAUCCUUUUAUCAAUGAGCCAGCAACUCAGCUUCAAUUCCUAAAUUUUAAUGACAAAUCGGGUCUAGAUAAGGUUCACUUGUCAGCUAGGUACGAGUCGUACUCUUUCAAAGGUGCGUUGGAAAUGAGUGACGAUACCAACUCUGUAUUCAAUUAUAUUACUGGAUUGAACAAUUACAAUACCCAACACCAAGAUUUCAACAAGGAAUACAUUGAGCAUUUGAUGAGUCUUUUGAAUUUGCGCCACCUUAAAAAGAAAUGGAUUAAUUCAUUGAGUAAUGGACAAAUGAGACGAGCACGAAUUGCAAAGUCGUUGGUGAACAAGCCUAGAUUGUUGAUUAUUGAUGACCCGUUCUUAGGUCUCGACCCUUCAAAUACAGAAAAGGUCAGUCAAGCUUUGAAGGAUGUACAUGAGACUUUUGGGAUUAGCAUUGUUUUAGGCUUGCGAUUGGAAGAUGACAUACCGACUUGGCUUGAAAAUAUAUGUUUUGCAAACGAAGAGGGCCCUCAAGUCACCGGGCGUCGUAACGAUGCAGAUGUUUUAAAUGAAUUGAAGAAGAUUGUCAAUAAAACCGACCUUGGGGAGGACAAAAAGCUAACUGAUAAGCCGCUAGUUAAAAUCGACCCCGCAGACGCAUUCAAGGAGGAUCCCAUACACAUCGAGUUCAAUAAUGCCAAAGUUGCCUAUAAGGAUUUAACUAUAUUGAAGGACUUUAAUUGGAAGAUUCCAAAAGGAAGCAAAUGGAGGAUCUUGGGCGACAAUGGGACUGGUAAAACUACUAUCCUUUCGUUGAUCACUGCAGAUCAUCCACAGAGCUGGCGAUCGGUUUUGAAAAUUGAUGACAUAUUAAGAAAGACUGGAAGUGGGGUCACGUUCUUUGAUGUCAACAACAAAAUUGGAAUUUCGUCCCCAGAGUUGCAUGCUUUGGUUCCACAGCAUAGUAGUACGAUGAAAGACAUAAUACACAAUGGCUUAGUGCAAGACAUUGGAAACUCAAAUUUUGCCUAUAAAGCCAAGCUCGACAAAUUGGACUCAGAAACGCGUGCUCGAGCUGAUUACAUUUUUAGCAAGUUUGAAGACAUCCUUGAGGAGCAUGGGGAUUCACCAUUUAUUGACUUGAGCAUGACAAAUCAAAAAUUGGCGUUGUUUCUUAGAGCAGUGAUUAAAAGCCCUGAAAUUUUGAUACUUGACGAAGCAUUUUCUUGUAUGGAGGACGCUCAAGUCAUGCAUCGGUGCCACGACUUUAUAGCUCAGGAUCCGUUAUUCAAAAAUACGACCGUUUUAUCCAUCGGGCAUAUUGACCGAGAGUUGAACCAGUAUGACUACAUGCUCAAAUUGACAGGCGACGAAAACCGAUCAUAUGAGGUGUAUAGAGUUGAUUAG